CUGUACGAACUGAGCGCGACAGACUACGUCGUACCGGAGAAGCGGCGCCUCCGCUUUGUGCUCAUCGACGUGUCGGCGCUGAAAGACUCGUUCAGUCCCACCGACGCCGACGUGCAGGCCUAUUACGAAAACAACAUGGACCGCUACUCUGAGCCGUCCGUGCUGCACGCGAGCCACAUCCUGCUGCGCACCGAGGGAAAAGAGGCAGCCGAGGUCCAGGCGCAGGCCGAAGCGCUCGUUGCCGAAGCCCGCGGGGGCGCAGACUUCGCCGCCCUGGCCAUGGAGCAUUCCGAGGACGAGGGCACCACGGAGUCUGGCGGCGACCUGGGUCAGAUCGCCCGCGGCCAGAUGGUGCCCGAGUUCGAGGCCGCGGCAUUCGCCCUGGAGCAGGACGAAGUCAGCGACCCCGUGUCCAGCAUGUUCGGACUGCAUAUCAUCAAGGCCACCCAGAAAAGCGGUGGCGUCUCGCAGCCGCUCGAUACCGUCCGGGACGACAUCAUCGACACGUUGAAGCAGACGAGUGCGGACGCGCGCGCGUCCGCGCUCGCCCAGGCGAUGGCCGCCGAGGUGACGACCCCGGACGAGCUGGACACAGCGGCGCGACGACGCGGCCUCGAGCCGCAGGAGAGCGGAUUCGCCGCCCCCGGCGAGCCGAUUCUCGGCCUCGGCUUCUCUCCCGAAGUCACCAACGAGGCGUUUCAGAUGGCGCCGGGUGACGAUCCGUACGUGCCGCCGUUGGAGGAAGUCGAGAGCCGCGUGCGCGACGACGUGAUCCGCCGCAAGGCAUUCGUCGCGGCCCAGGAACGCGCCGCCGAAGUGGCGGCCCUGCUCGCGCCGGCCGAGGAAUUCGGGCCGGCGGCGACCGCGGCGGCACUCGAGGUGAGCAGCAGCGACCUGCUGACCCGCGGGACAGCCAUUCCCGGCGUCGGACUCAACGCCGCCGUCGAGGCGGUCGCGUUCUCACUGCAGGCCGGUGAGACGAGCGACCCGAUCCUGACCGGCAACACCGCCGUCGUGCUGCGCGUCGAAGAGCGGGAGGAGGCCAGCGAGUCGGAGUUCGAGGCGAAUCGCGAGACGAUUCGCAGCCAGCUCAUGGCCGAGCGCCAGAACCGGUUCUUCGCGGCCUAUAUGGAGAAUGCCAAAACCCGCAUCCUCAUCAAUGUCGACAUGGCCGCGUUCUCGCAGGCCGUGACGUAG